AUGCGUGCUGAGGGUGUAAAAGUGCCAGUGAUUGUGAUUUGGCCGCCUCCGAGUACAGACCGUCAUCAACAAUACCAGUUUCCGAUUGAAAAGCACGAGAAUCAAGCAUCUUCGGGUCAGUUUUAUUCCAUCCGACACUUCCAAGUACCAUAGCUUUUUUUUCCAGAAAAGAUGACGGUUCCGAUAUCGCAGUCCCUCUCGGCUACACUGGAAGUUCCAAAGUCUUGCAUAACGACACCGAGUGGCACAAUGAUGGUCACUUCUGAUCAGUUGCGUAAGUCCAUUACAUUACUACAAAAUGACACAAAAUUUCAGAAUCCGAACUGUCAAAGUUCAAAAACCUCACCACAAACGCGUCGUUUCCCGCUCAUUGCUACGCCUGCCGAGUCAAAAUGCAACGCCUUCACGAGGCGAACGAGAAAUGGCGGCAGACGAGUGUGGAAUUGAGGAGAUAUAGGAAGAUCGCCUAUGAUUGGGAACGGAUUGCGAACGAGAGGGAGUGGAGAUGGAGGGCCUACGCACAGAUGCUUCAGCAGACGCUCGACUCGUGCAGAAAUGCAAAAGAAUCGGAAAGAAUUGAACCUCUGGGGGCUAUGAAGGCGUUGGAGGCACUGUGCGAACGGGGAACUUUGGGAAACACCUCGGAUGAUCGAAAAAUCUCAGACACACUGGCCAGAAGACGUCACGAAAUGAUGGAAGAACAACAGAAGAAGUGGAGGGAAGCGGUGCGGAGAUUCGAGGAGGCGCCGGUCUACAAGGACCCGAAAAUAGUGAUCCGCACGGCGCUUUUCGAUCCGUCCCGCUGCAACGGCAUCCCGCAACACGUCCGAAAUCCCACUGGAAGCUUCUUUUUGUACCGCGCGUGGAGCGAGAAACAGGCUUGCCGUGUGGAUUACUGUAAGUCAGAGUUGAGCGGAACAACUCAACGGAAGAAUUUUUAUCUUUUUUAGAAAAUUUUUUCAUGAAAUGUGAUCAAUUGACGAAAUGUAUAGCAAAGUGAACUGUGCUCAUAGAAAAAUAAUUGUAAAUUUAGCUUUUCAUACAAAAAAGUUAUUCGAGUUGUUCCGUGAAAAUGUCCUUCCGUCUUCCGUUAGCCCUAACUUUUUUGUAUGAAAAGCUAAAUUUACAAUUAUUUUUCUAUGAGCACAAUUCACUUUGCUAUACAUUUCGUCAGUUGAUCACAUUCCAUGAAAAAAUGUUCUAAAAAAGAUAAAAAUUCUUCCGUGUUCUUCCGUUGAGUUCUUCCGCUCAACUCUGCUGUAAGUUCGUUUAUUGACUUAUAAUCUAAAACAAAAAUCACAAAAGUGUGCGGACGAACCAAGAUGCAAAUGAGCAAAUUAGAAAUUUCAGCGAAAGAAUGGUCGGCGAUCAAGUCGAGCAAGACGGACGAGUACUGGGAGUGGAAGAAUCGAGCGUCGAACAUCAGCCACGAGCACAGUUACCAGUUGUCGAAGGGAUGGAUUUGGGUGACGACGAGGAAGAGGACGAGUGAAAAUGGAGGAGGAAGAGUGAAAAGAUCAACAAUCAUGUGA